UAUUUUGUCCCAUGUGUCUUCAGGAGCUCUGCAGACGACUCUCUGUUCCCAGGACGGAGGCUGGCGGAGUUAACCGUGGAGCUCAAUGCGCUGCUGAACUCGGACGACAUACGAUUCUUUGACAACAACAUGUACGUCAGAGGAUGGUUCAGCCCGUUCCACAGACAGAGGAAGAUGGUCACCUCCCUCAUCACCCGGCAGAUUCACAGCCAAGCAUCAACGUAUUUGGUUACGAUCCAGGAGAAGGUGGAGGCUUUGAAAGAGGAGAUGGUUCGUCUUUACCCAGAUUCAACAGCCGAGGAGUGGAUCGAGGAGCACGUCAGCCCCGUGGUGGCUCCUCUGCAGAGGAUCAUGGAGGAUUUCUCUGCCUGUGUGACCGAAACGCAGCCUUAGAAUGUUUUACCAGCUCAAUAUCAGACUGCUUUUUGAUGCAUUUCAAUGUUGAUUUGUUGUUUUUUUGCGACCAGCACUUUAAGUGGCAAAACACAUCUGUUUUAGUUCUACCAAAUGGUGUAAUUGUGAGUGUUGUAACGGCAAAAACAACCUGAUUGGUUUUCAUUUACCUCUAAGCCUACUGACUACAAAUGUGGUGGCUUAUUAAGACAAUUAGGGGUAAAAGCAAGAAAUUAGGGUUGUCGAGGUUACAUUAUAAUAACUGUAAUAAAUCAUUUGUUGUAUCAACGCAGUUAUGUUUCCCAAAGUCAGAUUGAAACUAACUAGCAUUUAAAGAUUCAAAUGGUUCAUUUCCACUUGUAAAUCUGCAUUAUAUUGCAUAACAAGCAUAUUGUUCACUGCCAUGUUAAUAGAAAUAUUAAAUACUUGAAAAAUCCCGCUUUAGGGUAUAUUUUUACCUGAAAAUAAUGUGUUUGCGAUUUUGACAGUCCUAAUUUCAAUAUAUGAUAUCACAUUUCAUAUUGAACGCUUGCAUUGAGCCUUAAUUGUCCCAUGGCAUGAAGAAUUGCAUUGUAAAAGCCACUCUUAUAGUGAGUGAAGUCUCCUUUUCUGACGUUGUGCAGUGUACAUUUGCUUCAUACUUAAGGGUUAAGUAUAAAAGAAAUGUCUACUGCCAUCUAAAAUGAACAGGAGUGAAUGUAAGAGCAACCUGAUGAAUGUAAAUUGCACAAACUGUUAAGGAAAUAAUACAAAAAUGGGACUUUGGGUUUAGUUAUAAAAUCAUUUUAUGUAAUUCCUUCCAAAAUAAACAAAGACUAAUAAAUCAACAAACAAUCACAAUUCUCAUUUUCUUUUUAAGAGAACAAAAGACACUGGCAUUAAUCUAAAGUAACGGUAAAGUCUGGGGGAAAAAGUUCAAAAUGUAACAAUUUAACUUCGACAUUAAGAAGUUAUUCGUUGAAUUUGACAAAAAGUGUAUUAAGACAACAACAUUUUACACACAAUACAGAAAAAAAGGGUAUAGUUUGCCUGAGAUUCAGUCUUUGGUUCACAAAGUAUUAAAAAAAGAACAGAAAAACUACCAUAAGUCAAAGCAUUUCACAUUUAACACUGAAUCGAGCCAUGAAAAUCACUCAUGCUUGAUUACAGUUUGCUAUAAAUUCAUCUCAACAUGCUAAAGGUGAUUAUUACCUGGGUGGUCCCACAACACUCUGAGAAAAAGCACUUUCCUUUUCAUUUACACCCAUAAACACUCAUUAGAGUUCAGUAGGAAGGCACAGUUAAUCUGGAGUGUAUUCCCAAACAGUAAUUAGAUCAAAAAGCGAAGGUAUCUUCAUUUACUGAGAAAGAACGUUUUUACAUAAUUCGUAAAAUUGUUGACACAACUAUGGAUGACAAAACAUUUAAAAAAGGGUCUAAUAUGUAACAUUUCCAGAUUAUAUUUCUUAAAACAAGACCUAUGUUAUUUAUUUGAGAUGUGUAUAUUCAGGGAAAUGUGUAAUUUCUCCUGUUAAGGCGUCACAUUAGCAUGAGUCAGCGUUAUCUACUAGGAGCUGUCAUAAAUUGACUUUCUAUCCAGUUUUAAGCCACAUUUUUAGCAUACACUAUGUAUAUAUAGAUGGGUUUUAACUCUAUAUUUUAACCAGGUAAGAUAUAUUUUAGUAAACAGACACCUGGACCUUAAAUUACCAAAGAAACAAGCUGAGCAAACGUUAGCCUUUAGGAUUUAGCAUGAGUCAGCGUUUUCCAGAAGCUGUCAUAUAUUGACUUUU